AAAAGUCCAAAUUCCAUCAACGGCUGUUAUUGAUCAUAUAUCCUGGUAAAGUCGUGACCGUUGAUGGACUUAUGGCUCUAAAAAAUCCUGUUCUCAUUUUUUAUUUACUCCCAUAAACACCUUUGUCUCUUUCUCCGUUUUCCGAAGUUUCAAUUCAAUCAUCACUGAUCUAAGAUAUGUCUUCAUCUGAUAAGCCACAUGUGGUGGAAAGGGGUGCUAAGGAUGAUGAAAAGAAGGAAGAGGAUGGGAAGGGUGGAUUUCUUGAUACAGUGAAGGAUUUCAUUUCAGACAUUGGUGAAAAGAUUGAGGAAGCAAUUGGAUUUGGGAAGCCAACUGCAGAUGUUACAGGGAUACACAUUCCAUCAAUCAAUCUUCAGAAGGUAGACCUUGUUGUUGAUGUUCUCAUAAAGAACCCAAAUCCGGUGCCAAUACCCCUAAUUGACAUAAACUACUUGAUUGAGAGUGAUGGGAGGAAACUAGUUUCAGGAUUGAUACCAGAUUCAGGUACAAUUCAUGCACACGGAGAGGAGACAGUCAAGAUUCCGCUUACUUUGAUUUAUGAUGACAUAAAGAAAACCUAUGCUGAUAUUAAACCAGGAAGCAUCAUUCCUUACAAGGUAAAGGUUGACCUCAUUGUUGAUGUUCCUGUGCUUGGAAGGCUCACUCUACCCUUGGAGAAAAAUGGAGAAAUCCCCAUUCCAUACAAGCCUGAUGUUGAUCUUGAUCGAAUUCAGUUUGAGACGUUUUCUUUUGAAGAGACAGUUGCUAUUCUUCAUUUGAAGUUGGACAACAAGAAUGACUUUGACCUGGGCCUAAAUGCACUUGAUUAUGAGGUCUGGCUUGGUGAUGUUAGCAUUGGAGGAGCCGAACUUUCCAAAUCUGCAAAGCUUGUCAAAACCGGGAUUACUGACAUUGAUGUUCCUAUUACCUUCAGGCCUAAGGAUUUUGGCUCUGCACUUUGGGACAUGAUCAGAGGACGGGGGACAGGCUACUCCAUUAAAGGACAUAUUGAUGUUGACACUCCCUUCGGAGCAAUGAAAUUACCCAUCACCAAAGAAGGAGGUACUACCCAGCUCAAGAAGAAGAAGGAAGAUGGGGGAGAUGAUGAUGAGGAAUGAAGAAGAAAUUGCUACAAGUUAUUAGUAUGGUAUCUGUUAUUUUGUUUACUGGGUCCAUUAGAAAGUUAAGCAAAAGGGAUAUGAACUUAAGGGCCCUUGUGAUUGUGAUUUAUGUAUGAGAGUUCAAGUAGAGGUUUCAAAUGAUGGUUAUAUCUGCUUAGCUAAGUCAAUAUCAGUUUGGCGUUUGCUCCUGCUCUUAAAGCCAUGUUCUAUUAGAGUACGUAAUUGGUGAUAGAAAUUCAAAACUGUUCAGUGAUACGUUCUCAAAGGAUAAUUAUGUGUCAAUUGUUUUAGUCCUACAUAAACUGUGGUUAUGUACCUUUUUUCUGAAGGCUAGAGGGAAGAUCGUGUUAUAGUGUUAUGAAGUUGAUGUCAUCUAUAAAAUAUAGUGUGUAAUACCCAAGUAAUCCAACAAUGUAUAUUCUGUAGAUGUUAUUCAAACUAUGUUAUGUAAUGUUCGAAUUUCAUUUAAUGGCAUACUUUUUGUAUAUGUCAUA